AUGUCGGCCGCGCCUGGUCUCCUGCACCAGGAGCUGUCCUGCCCGCUGUGCCUGCAGCUGUUUGACGCGCCUGUGACGGCCGAGUGUGGCCACAGCUUCUGCCGAGCCUGCCUGAGCCGCGUGGCAGGGGAGCCGGCGGCGGACGGCACUGUGCCCUGCCCGUGCUGCCAGGCACUCACGCGGCCGCAGGCGCUCAGCACCAACCUGCAGCUGGCGCGCCUGGUGGAGGGGCUGGCGCAGGUGCCGCAGGGCCACUGCGAGGAGCACCUAGACCCGCUCAGCAUCUACUGCGAGCAGGACCGCGCGCUCGUGUGCGGCGUGUGCGCCUCGCUCGGUUCGCACCGCGGCCACCGCCUGCUCCCCGCCGCCGAAGCCCAUGCGCGCCUCAAGAAAUACUGCCUGGUGACCAGCAGGCUACAGAAGAUCCUGGCGGAAUCACCACCGCCUGCCCGGCUGGACAUCCAGCUUCCUGUCAUCUCAGAUGACUUCAAAUUCCAGGUGUGGAGGAAGAUGUUCCGGGCUCUGAUGCCAGCUAUGAAGGAACUGACCUUUGACCCGAGCACGGCCCACCCGAGCUUGGUGGUGUCUCCCUCCGGCCGCCGAGUGGAGUGCUUGGACCAGAAGGCGCCCCCGGCCGGAGAGGACCCGUGCCAGUUCGACAAGGCCGUGGCGGUGGUGGCACACCAGCUGCUGUCUGAUGGCGAGCACUACUGGGAGGUGGAAGUGGGCGAUAAGCCACGCUGGGCACUAGGUGUGAUCUUGGCCCAGGCCAGCCGCCGAGGCCGGCUGCACGCUGUGCCCUCGCAGGGCCUCUGGCUGCUGGGGCUACGCGAAGGCAAGAUCCUGGAGGCGCAUGUUGAAGCCAAGGAACCGCGCGCGCUGCGCACCCCGGAGAGGCGGCCGUUGCGCAUUGGGAUCUACCUGAGCUUUGGCGAUGGCAUCCUCUCCUUUUAUGAUGCCAGCAACGCUGAUGCCCUUGAGCAGCUCUUUGCUUUCCACGAGCGCCUGCCCGGGCCUGUGUACCCCUUCUUUGACGUGUGCUGGCACGACAAGGGCAAAAAUGCUCAGCCGCUGCUGCUUGUGGGGCCUGAUGGUGAGGAGGCCUGA